AUGAAACGUAUUGACAAAAUAUUUGCCAACGUUAAAAAAUUGGAGAACGAAAUACUUCAAAUAUUACCAUCAAAUAAUGAUAAUGGAAAUGAAAAUCAAAAAACUUUUGCAACUUUAACACCUGUGGAUCCUGGAUCACUUGUCAACACUACAAAAGUAGAAGUGUCGUCCCAAUUGGAUGAAGAAGUAGCGAAUGUGUACGACUCCGAUGAUUCCAUGAAAGAUAGAGACUGGAUACCGCCUGUUUCGUCAGACAAUAAAAAUGAUUGUUCGGAAAGGGAGGUGAGUCUAAAGAAAGAACAAAAUUUGAUAGUAGAUGAAAACGUUGCAGGUCAAAAAAGAGAAAACCCAAUAACAGAAGAGAAACGAGUAAGGUGGAACCAAGCGAAACCAGCGCUUUGGAAAAGAAGCAUAGAAAGAAAAAAGAAGAUUGAAGGUUUACCUUAUAAAAGCAGAACAGGAAAAACGCAGGCACCAAAGCUACCUAAACCUGUUGAUUGCUCUCGUUGCAGGUAUAAAUGCAGUAACAAUUUUUCACCGGAGGAUCGUACUGAAUUAUGUCGUACUUACUGGAAUUUAGAAUUUAACAGGCAAAGAGAUUUUAUAUUAAUGAACGUUUUGUCUAAAGAAGUGAAAACACGUAGACCUAGAAAGGGCAAUGACAGCAAACAAAGAAAUAAUGCUAAAAACUACUUUUUAAGUAACAAUCAUAAGAUACAAGUAGGGGAGCCUGGAGAACCCGUUGCAUCAUUCAGUGGUCAGACAACCCCAACAGUAUAUUCUGAUACAGAAGAUUUGGAAAUUGAAGUAGUGCGAGUACCGGGUGCUUACGAUAGUAAGCUAAAUAGUCUUUCUGGAAGAAGAAUAGUCGAUAUCAGCCACUUUAUAGCCGAAGUGAGAUCCUUAGAGAAUCAUGAAUGCCAUGUAAAAACAACUGGAUACUUGGCAUUUGACAAAGAAGUAGCCAUGGGUUUAAAUUCACAAUUGGUUUUUAAGUGUGCUGCGUGUGGAAUGAAAAAAUCGAUUCAUACCAACAGGGAUAAACAGAAUGUGAAUCUUCUAGCGACGUGGGGUACUUUGGCUAUUGGAAAAGGACAUCAUUCAGUAGAGGAAUGUUUAUCCGUGUUAGAUGUUCCUCCAAUGAGUUUUCACACGUUUAAUAAAUACCAGAAAGAACUAGGAGAGACGUGGCAGCAAUGUUUAACGGAUGCGAUUCAAGCAGCAGGGGAGGAAGAAUACCAGAAAGCAUUAGAAAUCCAAAACGUGACCCCAGGAGGAAUUAGUCAAUGUGCAGUGGUUGUUGAUGGUGGAUGGAGUCACCGUUCGUAUGGACAUAAAUACACAUCAAAAUCCGGUAUAGCAUGCAUUAUUGAUGGUAGAGGAAAUCCACCUGACAGAGGAAGGAUUGACGAUAUUGCUAGUAAUAUGGAUUAUGAAGUUAAUGAAAAACAAAAGCAGUCUGAGGAAAUUAUAAAUAUUGAUAUUAAUACACAAUCAAAACAGGUACCGAUAACAAAUUCAAAAAAGUUUUUACCGGAUUAUCAGGUAAGCAAUAAAACAAAUAUUAAUAUAGGCCAGCCCAUAAUGUCAGAGGUAAAAAAUAAAUACAGUCAAGGUGACCAAGGUCCUUAUUUUGUUUUUAUGCAGAAUAAGGAAGGUAACAUUGGCCGAUUGCAUCGCAUAGCGACAGCACGAUUAAUUUUAGGUGCAGUACCUGCAAUUAAAGACAAUAUUGUUAAUAUUAAUAUUAUAGGAAAAAAUAAAAUUAAAAUUGAAUGUAACACAUAUAAAAGCGCUAAUAUUUUAGUGGAAUGUAAAAAGUUAAUAGAAAGAAAUUACGAUUUAUAUAUUCCAAAUUUUUUUACUCAGAAGAGUGGGGUAAUUAAAGGGGUAGACAAAAAUAUUUCAGAAAACGAAUUAAAAGGUAUUAUUGUUCCAAGAUACGGCAAUUUUAAAGUAAUAAACGUUAAAAGAAUAAAGCGAAAAGAAAAUGAUCAACUAGUGGAGACGGGUACGAUAGUGGUGUCUUUCAGAGGCCAAAUGAUUCCAAAACAAGUAAUCAUUGAACGAAUGAUAUACCAAGUGGAACCUUACGUUCCGAGAGUAAUACAAUGCCUUAAUUGCAUUAGAUACGGACACGUUACGUCACAAUGUCGAGGUAAGAAAAGAUGCAGCAAGUGCGGACAGGAACAUGAUUCAGAUGUAUGCGAUUUAACAGAUCCCACUUGUAUAUUAUGUUUCGGAAACCAUUCAGCAUUAGAUCGAAACAAGUGCGCUGAGUUUGAAAAACAAAAAGGCAUUAAAUAUAUAAUGGCAAAUGAAAAUUUACCUUUUGAAGAAGCAAAAUUAAAAUACAGCAGUAGCUAUAGGACAGUCCUGAAUUCAACAAACACAGGAAAUAGGUACACAGUGACAACCAAGAGAAAAUGGAGCGAAGGAGCUCAAAAUAAAUCAGUUUAUCCUUAUUCAAAAGAACACGAAAAUAUACUGGACACUGCAAGCACUUCUGCUUACCCGUCGCUACCAAUUAUAAACAACCCAUUAUAUCAAAAUCAAACAAAAAUAGUCCAACAAAACUCACUAACUAUAAAUAAAAGAGUAAGAAAAAAACAAACGCGAAAAUUAGGUAGACCCAGACGAAUGUUACUCCAUAAUGAUAACACUCAACAAGGUGUUACAGAUUAUGUAUUACACUGUCAAAAACCCGACUUGCAAGAGAUUGAAAUACGCGAAUUAAUUGAGCAACAAACUUUAGACGUAACACCAAACUGGUUUGAGGAAAGAAAGUCUCGUCUUAUAGCUUCUACUUUCGGUGAGAUAAGCAAGAGAAAAAUUAACUUUGGAAAGCUAGUUCAAUCCCCUCUUUAUAAACUUUUACCGCUACUAAAACAGUUGGAGUACGGAAAAUUGAAUGAAAGUGUAGAUAUUGAAUGA